ACAUAUUGAUUUGUAUCUUUCUAUUAACUAGUUCUUGUGAGACCUCACAAUACCCGACUGUAUCAUGCCAGUAUUGUCGCAGACAAGCAGGUUUAUGGAACUUCACUCCAGUGGUAGAACCAGAACCAGAUAAGAUGACCAGUGAAGAACAACCAACAGUGGACAGCAGUGUAGAAUCCAGUGAUGCAGACAGUGCUCAAGAACCAUCAAUGAAAAAAAGGAAAAUCUCAGAGAGCAAAAAAAGUGCCUUUAAUCCUAUAACGGAACACAGAGCAUGGUGUCCAUGGGUCAUAUCAUAUGUCAUGCAGCAAUCAGAUGAUCACAAAUCCUCACCAGUUCCCACUUACAAUAAUAUACCAGGAUGGCAAGCAGUAUUCACUUUAUUGGCUCCUAAGACAAGUCCUUUAAAAGAAAACAUCCAAAGAUUGACAGAUAAAGACCAGACUCCUCCAAAUCAAGUCUGGAAGGCAGUAAGGAAGAUUCUGAGCUUCUGGUAGACCAGUUCAAAAAACAGUUGAAAAUAGAGAAGAUAAUCUGUUUUCAUAAACUAGACAAUUCAUUUUUUUAAUUAUUUUUCACUAUUUACCAUCUGGUUUUUAUUUUAUAUUAUUCACGAAUGAAUUUAUCAUCUUGUAUAAUUGUAUGAAGUCAUUGGCCGCACAGAAUUAUGAACAUAAACGACAUUGGUGUUUUAAAUAGCCAGCCACACAAGCAGGAUUAAUUAAGAGCUUUCCAAUACAUAAUAGCACUUUUGUUUGUAACAAAUACAUUACAGUUUCCUGAUUAAACAUAUAGCAGUGUGAGUAACAUUUAUAAAAGGUCUUUUUUCUUGCCUAUGUGAUAGGGAGUCAAUGCUGCAGGGAUUUCUGUUUCUUUGGAUAGGUGAUUGCAACCUGUGCUAAAUAAAAUGCUAUUUAUGAUAUUGCUGAUAAGUGCUAAUGACUGAAGUAAAUAAGUAACUAAAAUUAACUCUCUAGAAAGAGGAAAUCCUGUUUAUAUUUCAAAUGGUCAUCAUUCUUUUUGCAUUUCAGAAACUUUUAUGUGGUCUGGUCUUUUAUAGCAGAAGGUGGGGAUGAUUCUCUUGGGCUUCAAAAACUAGUGUCAGUGUGACAUUUAAAUAUUAUUUUUCUAAUUCACUUUUAACUGUGUUUCCCACUUAUUACUCCAUUUGUUAAAUAUACAACUUCAAAUACAAUCCACUGUUUUAAAGAUAUCACAUCAAGGGAUGACAAUCAUUUUGCA